AUGUGGCGUGGGGCCGUGGAAAUUGGCCCAUCCGAACCAGCGCCCCCUGCUGCUGCUGCUGCUGCUGCUGCUGCUGCUGCUGCUGCUGCUGCUCAGGCGCUGCAGCGGUUCUGCCGGCUGGACCAGUCGCUGUUUGAGCGUUUCGUGCGGCUGGGCGUGCCUUCGGUGUACCUGGACCGGCAGGGGCGGGCGCGGGGCAGCCUGGGGUGUCUGUACAGCUGGCGGUACCCCGUGCUGCAGCAGCUGGAGUUCGUGGAAGCAGCAGCAGUUUUUAAAGUUUGCAAUCCGGGAUUAAGUUUUCCUUUUCAGUUCAUUAAUGUGGAGGACUUUGGCGGCAAAGGAGAGAGCGCGCCGCUGCCGCACUUCUACCAAAACCUGGGCGAGGCCGAGUUCGUGGUUGCGGUGUACGUACACCUCAGACUCCUCGGCUACCCCAAAGACCGCAUUGUGCUGCUCACUUCUUAUAAUGGCCAGCUGUCUUUGCUGCAGGAAGUGCUGCAGCAAAAGUGCGCCUGGAACCCCGCCAUAGGACUCCCCCGCGCAGUCUCCACCGUCGACAAGUUCCAGGGGCAGCAGGGCGACUGUACGCCUCCUGCUGCUGCUGCUGCUGCUGCUGCUGCUGCUGCUGCUGCUGCUGCUGCUGGGGGUCGAGGGCGGGGUGCUGCUGCUGCUGCGGCUGGGGGAGGGGGGCGUGCUGCUGCUGCUGCUGAUGGUGGUGGUGGGGGUGAUGAUGUUUUGCUUUCUCUUGUGCGCACAAACCGCGUGGGUCACAUUCGAGAUGUUCGCCGCCUUAUUGUCGCCGUCAGCAGAGCCAGACUUGGACUUUAUAUUUUUGGGCGCUGGUCGCUUUUCAGCAACUGCGUGGAACUGCUGCCGGUGUUCAGACAGCUGGCGCGCUACCCCCUUGAGCUGGCACUACACCUCGACGAAACGGACUUUCGCGAAACUUUGAGGGCUCAUAUUAAUGCCGUUAAUGAAAAUAAACCGUUGCCUCCCCGGGGCCCCAUUACGUACGUGCGCACUGUAGAGCAGAUGCAGCAGCUAGUGCAGCAGCAAGCAGCUCGUCGCGUUGCUGCUUUGAAGCAGCAGCUGCUGCGGCCGCAGCUGCUGCAGCUGCCGCAGCAGCCAGAAGCAGCAGCAGAAGCAGAAGCAGCAAGACUUGCUGCUCUUGAACCCCAAGAGACACACAGGGCCCCCCCAGGCCUUUUGGGGGCCCUAGGCUCUCAAGUGCCUCCCCCGCAGCCGCUGCAGGAAGAGGAGCUUGCUGCUGCUGCUGCUGCUGCUGCUGCUGAGCCAGAAGCAGCAGCAGCAGCAGCAGCUGACGCUGCUGCAGCAGAAAGGGAUUCUUCAGCAGCAGCAGCAGAUGCGCCAGCAGCUGCAGGAGAUGCGCCAGCAUCAGCAGAAGAUGGAGCAGCAGCAGCAGCAGCAGCAGCAAAAGGGACUGUAGACGACAGAGCAAAGGAAGGAGAGACAGCAGCAGCAGAAUCAGCAGCAGCAGCAGCAGCAGCAGAAUCAGCAGCAGCAGCAGCACCUAGGGAUUAA